AUUUGAAAUCGAAAUUUACAUUAAGUAAUAAUUAUUGACUCAACGAAAGUAAUAAAUAAUUUGUGAAUUUACCUUCUUUGCAAAACAUUAAAUUUUAUCAGCGAUGCUUUCCUUAAAACCAACUCGACUAUUUGUAACUCUAGUCACAAAAAUCCGCCCAUCCCAGCGCGGUUUAUCACAAGAAGCCGCCACAGCCGGCCUUUCCCCACAUCCCAACGUAGAUCAGCGCGAAGUGGACACCUUGGGAAAGCUAUCGGAAGAAUGGUGGAAUCCGUCCGGUCCCCUGAAAGGACUUCACUCGAUGAACGCGCUGCGAGUUCCACUAAUCCGGGAUGGUCUAAUUUCAACGGGGUUGGUUCCGAAAGAACAGAUCCGAACGCCGCAGGUUCUAAGCGGGUUGAACGUACUGGAGGUGGGUUGUGGGGGUGGAAUUCUAACCGAGGCAUUGGCACGAAUUCGAGCGAACGUGGUUGGAAUUGAUCCGGGGGAGAAGUUGAUUCAGGUUGCGCGGGAACACGCGGAGUUGGACCGGAAGCUUGGGGGAAGGAUCCGGUACGAGGUGGAGACAAUUGAGGAGCACGCCCAGGCCAAUAUGGACCGGUACGACGCGGUGGUGGCGUCGGAAGUGCUGGAACAUGUCCAGGACAAGGUUUCUUUUCUGGAGCAUUGCGUGAUGGCGUUGAAGCCAGGUGGAUCGAUCUUCGUUACGACGUUGGACAAAACGACGGCUUCAUGGCUGGGGGGGAUUGUGGCCGCGGAGUACGUGCUGAAGCUGGUUCCGGAGAAUACGCACGACUGGGAGAAGUUUAUUUCGCCGUUGGAUGUGCAGCGCAUCUUGAAAACGUUGAACUGCGAGACGAUUCUGGUCCACGGGAUGGCGUACGAGUUCUGGCGGAACAGCUGGAGCUGGUGCAAAAAGACGGACAUAAAUUACGCCCUGCAGGCGGUCAAGUCGGUCGAGGAGUAACAAAAGGUGUAAUUUAGAUGUUUGUUCUUUUCUCAGGUCAGAAAAUAAACUAGCUUAGCUUGAACCGUAAGUAUUUGCAGCAAAUAUACCAGUUUAUAUUUCCAA